AUGGCUCAGAAACCCCAGCAAUUCGACGUUUUGGGGGAAACCAGGGCUAGAAUUGAUCGCCCUAGGGACUCUCUGGCUUUGGUCUUCAAAAGAGCCUUGGAACUUGGGCUGGACGACGUCUCCAAGGAUGGCGGCGUUCGGUUUACGGUAGGCACGAUGUGCUCUGGGACCGACGCCCCCAUCCUGGCCCUCCGCGAGCUUCAAGACGCGGCCCUGGCCAUGGGCUACAACCACCUCUUCGAUUUUGAUCAUCAGUUCAGUGUCGAGAUCGAAGCGUACAAGCAAGCUUUCAUCGAGAGAAACUCGAAGCCGUCCGGUGAGAUCUACCGCGACGUCGUCCAGGUAUCUGAUCCGAGCAGAAAAGACGCAACCACUGCUCAUGGCUCUUUGGCUCCUAUUCCGGCAGCACCGGACCUGCUCGUGGCAGGCUCAUCGUGUGUGGACUUUUCGAAACUCAACAACAAACGAGACAUCUUGGCCAAGCACUCAGUCCUCAGCAGACUAUACGAAGAAGCCAAGAACACCAGAAAUGGCCUUGAUUUUGGUACAGUAACGCCUCAAAGUCAGUCGCAUGAUGUGCGCAUGGCCCUGCAGGAUGUCCGCGAUUCCUUCCAUAUGGAAGGCGAGUCUGUCAAAACAUUCGGCUCAAUCCUGCAGUUCAUAUACGACCAGCGACCUAAACUCAUCAUCCUAGAGAAUGUUUCUCAUGCGCCUUGGCGCGCCUUCACCCACUUCUGGCUUCCCUUGGCGUACAUCAGAGGCACAUCUAGCCGUGUCCAAGAUCUCCUCGACAUCACGUGGCUGUCAGAGCGCAAAAAGGCAGGCAGAGAUCUCAACUACAAGGCAAAAUAUCUUGACCUUGGUGUAGGUGUUGAGCGGCUCAAAACACAAAUCGGUAUUGUAGGCUGGAAGGAGCAGGAGCUGAAGCUACGACAAUUUGGCACUCCACAGACUGUGCAGUGUGAGAUUCCUGGUCUUUGGCGUAGCGUCCACCAAACCAAUGGGACCCUCAUGAACAUCAGCAUGUCCGAUGUGCAUCUUGCACCGGACAGAAUGACAGCCGAGACUUCCGAAGACUUACACGUCAUCAUUCCCGGGGCCUUGAGUUUCCCGGAUGUUGCGCAGGCGCCUAUCCCGCUGUGGAAAACAGAUGGAGAGAUCUUCAAGGAGUGUGCCAAAGAGACGGGCCCUGGCGAGAAGUGGAUGCGCGUGAGCGAUCACCACCACAAGGAUGCGCUCUCUCUCAUAUCGUUUGCUCUCGGCGCACUCAAAGCUGAUCACUUGCCUCGAGAAUUCAAAGUCGGGCUACUCGAGCGGGCCGGAGCUGCUUGCCAGAUCCUUGACGCCGAUUUCCCCAACCCCAAGAUACAUCUGCUCUGGGAGGGGCUCAAAGUUAAAAAGCUGUUUGACGAUUCAGAAGCUGCUCAAAAGCUGGCCGAGUCUUAUCGUAAACGACCGCUUCCAUUGGAGUUGGAUGUUCAAAUUGUCAGGGCCGAUCAGCCUCGGCACACAGGCGACCUUUACAGCGGCCGUGCAAGGGGCAACAUUGCUCAGGAAACUGAGCUUAUCGUUCGUAUCCUCUUCAACCCAACUGCACUAGCUCAUAGGGCUUGGUUACAUCUUCCUCGAGACGGAUUGAUCAGGGGUAUCCGCCGCGAUGUCAUGCAGGACGGCCACAUCGGUUUUGCUGUUGAUGUGGAGUUCGUUGACCCUAGCCUAAAGAUGAUCGAGCCUUUUGAAGCUUGCUUAUCCCAAGACGUCGUUCCCCCCGCAACCUGCGACAUGGCUAUCCAGUUACCCUCUUUUGACUCUUGUGGUGUCCAGCUGCGUCCAGACCAGAUCCAGUCUGUCCAAUGGAUGAUCGAGAAGGAGAGCAGCAACAGCUGCUUCGUCGAGACGGAGGUGGAAGAGUUCCUUGUUCCGUCGUCAAGCAUUCGUCUCCGCUCCCACGCUGAAGUUGUCAACAGAGCUAGGGGAGGCGUUUUAGCUCACGACGUUGGAUUCGGCAAGACCAUCGUCACCCUAGCCCUCAUAGACCAUCAGCGCAAUCAGAGCGAUGAGAGGUCUACGAUUGAGCGGCAUGCAUGGACACAAGAGAGACACUGCCAUCUGAAGGCCACUUUAAUUGUCUGUCCCCCCCAGAUUGUCGACCAGUGGCGCGAUGAGAUAGAAAGGUUUCUUGGUUCCGAGAACUGGAACGUCGUCGUCAUCAACGCGAAGACGCCUUUUCAUCGCGGUAUGCUCGAGACGGCGGACUUAGUCAUUCUGAGCACCGCCUUCAUUCACUCCUCCGCUUUUGUUCAAACCCUCACCAGAGUGGCCGGGGCUGCCAAAUUCCACGAUGCCAGUGGAGCUUCGUCGAGAGAAUUCAACAUUUGGUAUCGCGAGGCUGUCACCGACCUGGAGGACUCAUACCAGUGCUACGCUGACAACAACAAAAACAACGGCGCUCUCGCGAAACAUAUCUCGCUUCGAACUCAGGAACGAAAGGUCAGCUUUGAGAAGGCUCGAGCCGCCUGUAUCGUCGAGUCUCGCCGUAAGGAUCAGAAGGUCAAGGCGACAGCCCGCACACAGCGGGCGACGAAAACGCGCAAGAAACCAAGGCGGACUACCACCGCCGCUUCUGAAUCUGAUCACUCUGCUGAGUCCGACUCAGACUCUGCCAUGGACGACCGAAAGCGCAAGGUGGCUACCCCUCACGUUGUUAACGACUUCAAGGAUGCCACAGUCCUGCAGAUGUACUCGUUCGACCGCGUGGUGCUCGACGAGUUCUCGUACGAGAACAAAAGUACCGCGGCUUUCGUGGCCAAUUGUGUGGCAUCCUCCAAAUGGAUACUUUCCGGCACACCGCCCAUGGCAGACCUGAGCCAGGUGUGCGCCAUCGCCGACCUCGUCAACAUCCACGUCGCUCGACCUGAGGCGUCGGUGCCAAAAUCUUUCCCAAGCAUCACAAGAGGCCCAAGACUCGACAAGACCACAAGAGGCGAGGCGAUGCGCCAGUACGCUGACCCCAAGUCGGCCCAGUUUGCGCUCGAGCGUCACGAACAGGCCCGCAUCUUUAUUGAGCACAAGAUGACCCGACGCGAGACCGACAUUUCCCACAUUAGGGUUACCGAGCAGGUCAUUGUUUGCAGGCUCGACCCUGUCAGCUCCGUUGUAUACGCCCAGCUGCAGCAGGUUCUAUACGAUGCGCGUUGGGACAUUGAAGAGGUGCCCGGAGACAUGCGCGCCAUCAUCGACUGGCUGCUGCAACAGACCGGAAACAACAAGGCGUCGAAGGCGCGAGAGAACCUGCGCAUGUCGUGGCAUAACACGAUCCAGUCGCUUUUGGUGCAGUCGUCGACUAAUCUGUCGGCCUACGGCGAAAACAUGAAGAAGCUCGGCAUGGAUGUUAGGGCAGGCGCCGUUUCUGGCAUCACCGUGCUGACCAGCAUGCGGACAAUCUACCAAAGGCUCCAGGCCCGUUCCAAGGCCAUGAUCAAGAGCCAGUUCGACAUGCUGAUGUAUGUCGUCGAUCAAGUGCAGAUGAGCGGCCUUCUCGCAAUGACCAACGCCAAGGGCAGAGACAAGACCAAGCAGGACAAGGCCAUCUACUACCAAGACCACCUUGACGACUUUAUCCAAAGGUUCACUGCUGAUAGACCUUGGAGCUUUGGAGACGCCGAGAUCAGAGACGACUUGUAUCGCGCCAUUGCACCUCGCACAUAG